AUGGGGAAAGACUACUUCGAGGUCGCCGGUCGCAAAUUCCCGGCGGUGACCUGGUACAGAGAUCCAGCUCUGCGAAGGACCUACAUCAUUCUCAUGUUCGUGGUCUUGACCAGCGCCACAAACGGUUACGAUGGCUCCAUGAUGAACGGUCUCCAGACCCUGCAGCCCUGGAAAGACCAUUUCGGCAACCCUUCCAAGGGUAGACUAGGUAUAUUGAAUGCUAUCAUGGCCGCUGGCUCCAUUUCCGCCAUUCCGUUUGUCCCCUACGCGGCCGAUAUCCUUGGCCGCCGCAUGGGUAUCCUCGUGGGGUGUAUCAUCAUGCUGGUGGGCGUCGUCCUGCAGUCGAUCGGCUCCAACUAUGAUAUGUUCCUGGGUGCUCGGUUCUUGAUCGGUUUCGGAGUUGCCAUUGCUCACGGAGCGUCCCCCUUGCUCAUUACCGAGCUGGUCCACCCCCAACACCGUGCCAUCUUCACCACAAUCUACAACACGACCUGGUACGCCGGUUCCAUCGUUGCCGCCUGGCUUACCUACGGCACCGAUCAUAUCAACAACAACUGGGCGUGGCGUGUCCCCACCAUCGUGCAAGCCGCGCCCAGUCUGAUCCAGGUCUGCUUUAUCUGGUUCGUCCCGGAGUCCCCCAGAUGGUACAUUGCCCACGGCAAGGAGGAGAAAGGUCUUGCCAUUCUCGGAAACGUCCAUGCCAACGGCAACAUCCACGACGAAAUGGUCCAGGUCGAAUUCGUCGAGAUCCGCGACACCAUCAGACUCGAGAAGGAACUCGAAUCCAAUGGCUGGAUCGAGCUCAUCAAGACCAAGGGUAACCGACGCCGGCUCAUCAUUCUUCUGAGUGCCGGUCUGUUCUCCCAGUGGUCCGGCAACGGCCUUGUCUCGUACUACAUCACCAAGGUCCUCGACCAGAUUGGCUACACCGACACCUUGACGCAGAACUUGAUCAACGGUGUCCUCCAGAUCUUCAACCUGUUCAUCGCCGUGCUGUCAUGCUUCUACGUCGACAAGAUCGGCCGUCGUAAGCUCUUCAUCUUCUCCACCACCGGCAUGCUCAUCACGUUCAUCUGCUGGACCAUCUGCUCGGCCCGGUUCGCCAUCACCGGCGCCAAGGCCGCCGCCAACGCCGUGGUCGGCUUCAUCUACAUCUACUACUUCUUCUACAACUGGGCCUGGUCCGGCAUGUUGGUCGGAUACACGGUUGAGAUCCUCCCGUACAACCUCCGCGCCAAGGGCAUGACGGUCAUGUUCCUCAUGGUCGACGCCGCCCUCUUCUUCAACCAGUACGUCAACCCCAUCGCCCUCGGCAACAUCGGCUGGAAGUACUACAUUGUCUACUGCGUCUGGCUCGCCGUGGAGCUCGCCGUGGUCUACUUCUUCUACGUCGAGACGAGAAACACCCCUCUGGAGGAAAUCGCCAAGCACUUCGACGGAGACGAUGCCAUCCUGGCCGGUGGUGCUGCUACCCACAAGGGUCUUGCCUUGGCCACAGAGAUGGGUCUGGAAGCUACCGUCAUGCAUGCUACAGAUGAGAAGAGAGGCGGCGCUGAAGUCGAGCACGUCGCGUCCCGCGGUUCCGCAUAG